AGUCAGCAGGAGGAAGGGAAGGCUCCCGAGUCAGAACAAUGACUCAUUUACAAGCCGGUCUCUCUCCAGAGACCCUCGAGAAGGCUCGCCUGGAGCUCAAUGAGAACCCAGACACCUUGCACCAGGACAUCCAGGAGGUGAGGGAUAUGGUCAUUACCAGGCCGGACAUUGGCUUUCUGCGCACAGAUGAUGCCUUCAUCUUACGGUUCUUGAGAGCCAGGAAGUUUCAUCACUUCGAGGCCUUCCGCCUCCUGGCACAGUACUUUGAGUACCGGCAGCAGAACCUGGACAUGUUCAAAAGCUUCAAGGCCACUGACCCUGGCAUCAAGCAGGCACUGAAGGAUGGCUUCCCCGGGGGCCUGGCCAAUCUGGACCACUAUGGCAGGAAGAUUUUAGUCCUUUUUGCUGCCAAUUGGGAUCAGAACAGGUAUACAUUGGUGGAUAUUUUGCGUGCCAUCUUACUUUCCUUAGAAGCCAUGAUUGAAGAUCCUGAACUUCAAGUGAAUGGAUUUGUUUUGAUCAUAGACUGGAGUAAUUUCACCUUUAAGCAAGCCUCUAAACUUACACCAAGCAUGCUGCGUUUGGCUAUUGAAGGCCUUCAGGAUAGUUUCCCAGCACGAUUUGGAGGAAUUCAUUUUGUUAACCAGCCCUGGUAUAUCCAUGCACUAUAUACUGUGAUCCGGCCUUUCCUAAAGGAGAAGACUCGGAAAAGGAUAUUUUUGCAUGGUAACAAUCUGAAUAGUCUACACCAGCUAAUUCAUCCUGAGAUCCUGCCCUCUGAGUUUGGAGGAAUGCUGCCUCCAUAUGACAUGGGAACUUGGGCAAGAACAUUGCUAGACCACGAAUAUGAUGAUGACAGUGAAUACAACGUGGAUUCCUACAGCAUGCCAAUGAAGGAAGUAGAAAAGGAACUCUCUCCCAAGUCCAUGAAGAGAUCCCAAUCAGUAGUGGAUCCAACAGUACUGAAACACAUGGAUAAAAAUGAGGAAGAAAAUAUGCAACCAUUGCUCUCCCUAGAUUGAUAGCUUCUCUACACUCCCUGUGGAUUAGAAAUGGAAGGUACUAGAUAUCAGCAAAAGGGACAACUCUGUGGAGAAAUUACCAGCUGGAAACUUAUUUAUUCAUGUUAAUGUAGCAUGGAAUAUAAUAAGGCAUCAGACUUUUCCAUUUGCCUGAUCCAUGGGUGCCCUGGUCUGAAUUUGGAAAAAAAAAGUUCAUUCUGUAAGUGCCAAGUUCUUUGUAAAUACACUGUAAUCUUCACAUUUACUUUGUAAAUUUUGGUAGUAACUUCACUUGGAAAAGACUGACUCAUAAGUCCUAUUAUGCCAGUGAAAUGAACUGUAACAAAAAAUCAGAAAAGAUACAUAACUAAUAAAAGCUAAUUAAACAUA